AACCCAAGUUAAUACGCCCGCCCACAGACCCACUCGACACCCCCGAAAAUUUCGUUUUCACAAAAACAGAAGCACUACACUUUGUGCCUUGCGGUGAGUCAGCACCACCACUGAUUACACACAAUCUUUAAAAUACUCACAUCACCUCCUUCCUUUUUCUUGCAACAACCUUAGCUUAGUUGUUAAGAAACUUCAAGACAAAACACAAGUGUUUCGUUCACUCGUACAAACACAAGUACACAACCAUGGAGAGAAGUAAUAAGAUGAACAAAAUCCCAUCUGAGAUUGACUUAGAAGACAUUUUUAAUCAACACAUCAACGAUCAGGAUGUUAAGGCUCACCGUCCGAUCACGCCGCCAGGUUUUGCCGAUGAUGCUGUUGGUUAUCGUGAUGAUCAUCCCUCCCAGCUCCCCACCUUCCCUUUCCCGGAUCAGGAGAUUAUGAAUGGCUUUUCAAAUUGUGCUGAAGUUACAGAAGCUUCUCUUUGGUGUCAGAAUUUCAGUGCUCCUAAACACUCUAGUAUAUCGGUCACAAUGGACUCCCAAUCAUCAAUUUGUGCUGGGAGUCCAACUUCAGCUGCCAAUAACCUGCCUAAAGGCUGCGAAAAUCAAGCAAUGGGGGUUACCAGCGGUUCGUAUGAUCAAUCUGAUGAUGAUGACAUAGACACAGAAGCUGGUCCAUGUGAACAGAGUGAUCAGGCUGGUGUCAGACGUAUUAAAAGGAUGGUCUCCAACAGAGAGUCUGCUAGGCGCUCCAGAAGAAGAAAGCAGGCUCAUUUAUCCGACCUUGAACAACAGGUUGAUCAGUUGCGUGGAGAAAACUCAACUUUGUUCAAGAACAUGACAAGUGCUAAUCAACAAUUUAAAGAUGCUACCAAUAACAAUCGUGUUCUUAAGUCAGAUGUGGAAGCUUUGCGUGCAAAGGUAAAACUUGCCGAAGAUAUGGUCACACGAGGUUCCCUAACUUCCAGCAUCACCAACAUAAUUCAGAAUCAUUUAUACAAUACGCCACAAUCCUUUGGAACCCAGAAUAUUCACAGGAUGGGUAAUGUCUCGCCAACAAUCACCGUCCAAAGAGAUGAUCCAUCGUAUCCUGGAUUGACAGGAUCAGGUCAGACUGAUAAUGUGGACCACUUUAAUGGCAAUAUCGAUAACAACAUCAUCAACGAUUCUGUAAGCUGCACGUCCGAGAUCUGGCCUUGGGGAUCUCAUGUUCCGACAAUGUCAAAGUAGAACCGAAAUGGACCUCUCAUCCUCUGUUCAACAUAACUGAACUUAUCAUCCUCUGCUGUUUAAUACUAGUAUAACUAAGUAGUAUUCCCUAGUUCCUAUAUUCUGUGUUGCUUUUUUAAAUUCACCAUGUAUGAGUCUUAUCCAACUUCUUAACAUUUAUAAUAUUAUUACCAUUAUGUAA